UUUCCUCAGGAAAAAGCAUAAUUGUCAGCUACAAUACAACCAGUCAGGAAACCGGCUGAGCACAGUGCUCUCCUGAGCAACAGUGGAGAUACACACACAGUGGAUGACAUUCCACUGAGACACUGCACACGUAUUUGAUCCCUGAGCACAAGCAUCAUGCCCAUCCUUAAAAACCUUCCAGGGAGGACCAGGAGUAAUCAUGGGAACAGUGAACUCAUCCUGCCCAGGUUAAACUUGGACCUGAGUCCCUUCGAGGAGGUAAACCUGGAGGAGGAGAGGAAUGAGGGUGAACCCCCCAUUUUGGUGGGCCGUGGAGCAAAAUCCCUCCAGUGCAGGUUGUCGCGAGAUGGGGAAGAGGAGGAGAAUGAGGUGAACAUGGAGAAGCACGGCACCGGGGCCCUUAAAGGAGGAAGACCCCUGAGGGGGACUCUGGAGCGACUGUGCGGCUCUUCCCCCCUGAAGACCCUGGGGAAGUUGGGUAAGGGGCUGCGUAUGUCGGGGUGCAGCGUGUGGGGGACCAGCCCGUCCCUGCGAAGCCCCACGGACCCCCACUCGCCCCCGCCAGAGAAAGAGAAGAGGAAGGGCAUCCGCAGGAGCUCAGAGGAGAUCAUGACCCUGCUACGAUUUGCAGGGCGGCGGAAGCAGACACAGCGUAGAGAGAGCCUGCCCUGCGGAGACCUGGGCAUUGACAGCGAGGAUGAGUCUCGCCGCCGGCCCUCCUUCCUCAGGAUGGUCAAUCUUAGCAAACUGAAGAGGGAGUCCCUGUCGGACCACAACUCCCAGGAGGCCGAGAAGGAACUGGAGGAGGAAGAGCCAGUGGUCAAACCUAGGGAACCACUCUCAGUGCUGGAGAUCCUACAGCUGGUCAACCAGAGGGACCUCCUCCUGGCCGACACACACAUCCAGGAGCUGGAGCACGAGUGCGAGCUACUGGCCUUCCUGCCACAUCCCUCCACGCCUCCAUCCACACCCCCCGGAGUGACCCCUCCUGGGUCCUUCGACAACCCCUCCAGUCCCAACGCUUCACGGGACGCCAGCAGGCGCAAGGCCAAGGAUGUGGAGCUGCUGUAUGAGGCCCUGCAGAAGGAGAUGUGGGACGUGGUGAGGGAGUCCCUCCGCCAGCCAACGGCCGGGCCCAACCUGGGACUGGUGGUGCUGGUCAUUCAGCAGGAGGAGCAGGCUGACAUUUCCCAGGCCCAGAGAGAAGAGACCCAGACCCAGCCCUUAAGGGAGGGCCUCCAACCCCAUCAUAGCCAGAGGCCCCGUCAGCUCAAGCUGAAAUGGCGGCAGGCGGUGGCGGAGGCGGCAGACUGGAGCCUGCCGCAGCAGGUGGACACUCAGGCGGGGCAACUGGCCUCAUACCUGGAGAGGUUAAGGGGACGCAUGGUGGACGACCUGGACGCGGCACGGCGGAACGUGGUGUCGGUCUACCCGGAGGAGUUCCAGGCCUUCCAGGUGUAUGUACAGAGCUACCACCGGGCGGUGGCCAGACGCCUGAAAAUCAUUACCAGCUCCCAGCUUCAGAUCACUGACGUCUACUCUAUGCUGGACUGGUUCUACAACAUCUACAACAGGGAUGUCCUGGGCACCGUUGGCAUGAAAACCCCAAUUAACUACUCCCGACUGGAACCCCUACUGCACCAAGACACAGUGGACCAACUGGAACAGGACUGCCUGAACACUGUCAGGGAGAAGGUGUCCACAGAGCUCACUCAGGUUCUGGAUGAGGAGGAGAGGCGGUGGGCCCAAACGCUGCACAUAGAGGAGUACCAGUCCAGUCUGGCCCGCUCUGUCAUCCAGAGACUAAAGGUAGACCUGGACAGAUCCACAGCUGUAAGCCCGUUUCUGGGGGCCAGGGUGGCCCGCUGCAAUCUCAAUGGACUGUCUGACUUCCUAUAUAGUUUCCAGAGAAAGGUGGAGAUGUUCCAUGAGACCCAGGCUGAGUUUGGGGACCGGGGCGAUGGAUACGUCUCCAGGACCAUCUCUCUGGUCAACUGCUGCCCGCCUCUCAGAUCCUUUGUACAGCGUUGCAGGCAGUGUGACCCACAGAGCAACGAGGAGUCCACACAGAGAGCUAACUCCUCCCUGGACAGGAUUGUUAACCAAUCAGUGAGGGUUCUGACAGAAAGACUAUUUGAGCACAUCAGGCCGUUCUUUGACAAGCUGGUGAAAAGGAAGUGGCUAAACAACACUGAGGCCUUUGAAGCCAUCGAAGCAAGCGUCAAACAACACUUCAAGAAGUUCAGAAGAAUGGACUGCCCACCUUAUCAGAUACUGGUGGGGGAGAUACACAGGCGGGUUUUGGUGGAGUAUUUGCGUGCGAUCAUGCGAGGACGGGUCAUCUGCACAUCAUCGAAGAUGAGGAAGAGGAUGGCAUUCCGACUGCAGGACGAGGCCAAGCAGCUCAAAGGGCUCUUUAAAGACCUGGAGUCAGGAUCCUCUUGGCUGGACAGUGUCCUCACUCACCUGGCUGACAUCAUUCUCCUGGAGGACACUCCGUCCAUCCAGAUGGAGGUUGCUGUUCUGGUGAAAGAGUUUCCAGACAUACGGAAGAAGCACAUCUCCACCCUGCUAAAUGUGCGGGGGAUGAUACGUCAGGCAGAGCGCCAAGAGAUCUUGAACGUGGUCCGAGACUUUGAGAGCAGCAACAGCUCUACCCUGCCAUGCAGGGAUCAUGCCCUCUUCUCGGACAUCCCUGUCACCACCGAGGUACAUUGCAUCAACCUGGGCCUCAUCCGUGUUGCCAUGACCGUCGCCAACUGGUUCUCAGAGGCCCGGCUUCGACGACACCGUAAGAGAAGCCCCAGGAACAGAACCACGCUGCCACCGGAACAACUGAAAGAGGACAAGGAUAUGGAUUAUGAUUGACUUCAAGGAAAUCGUAUGGAGUUGAUGCACAUCAAGUGUUUGGUAGAACAGAGGCUCGCUCACCUGUAAUUCUGUAUCCAUGUGUGCAUCUCUAUGACUACUUGAUACUCAUGGAGCUUUAAGAUCGAAUUGUUUGGAUUUCUGCUUUAAAUAAUAGAGGUAGAGGUUUGUUGAUGACGACACUUCGAAGAGUACUCAAUCUUAAAUUCUGUCAUAUUACUGUAUGUGCUGCGACUACUACAAUGGGGCAGAAUCACAAACUACUGUGAAACUUACUACUACUGAUAAGAAAUGCAAAGUCCCCAUAGAAACAUGAAAUUAAAUGUUUAUAAUUCAUCUGUAAAUGAUCUUCCCACUCAUUUACAGACAUUUGAAUGGAUAGCGAUAAGAAGAAGAACUUGACAUCAGGUACCACAGAUACAAGCCCAUCUACUGUACUUCAAGCUCAGAUUUUUCUUCAUGUUUAGAAUCAUUUUGUAAACCUCAUUGGGUAACACUUUACAUUAAGGUGUAAGUGUAUACAUUUAUAAGUAGUUAAUAAACUGCUUAAAGAUAGCUUACAUGACUGCACAAUUUUACAUGACUGCACAAUUUUAACCAAUGUGUUAUAGGGUUAGGGUUAGGGUUAGGGUCUAACCCUCUCUCUCUCUCUCUCUCUCUCUCUCUCUCUCUCUCUCUCUCACUCGCUCGCUCGCUCGCUCUCGCUCUCUCUCUCGCUCGCAAGAUGUCACUCAAGCUCAUUUGUCUAGAACUCAAAUUGCUAGGGGCUAGCUCAUGUAGGGAAAAUGGCACAGCAGUCACUUUCAAAGUAGCGAUGUCAUCAUAGCCGCGGGAAGUAGGGGUGCUGAGGGUGCUGCAGCACUAGGGUUUAAUAUUUUCCCGGUAUUUUACAAACGUGCCAUCUCAAGAAUAAAUCAUUAUUCUCCCGGGUAA